UUGUAGUUAUUAAUUAUAAUUAUUAUGUAGUUAACAUAAUCAUUAAAUAAGUUAUAUGAUAUUGCCAUAAUUUUAUGAUGCUUAAAUUUAUCAUAUUUUUCGACAUUUCCAAUUGAAUCAUUAUAGUUUUUAUUUUUUAAUAAUCUUCACAAAAAUGUAGUUUAUGUGUUAAAAUUAACAUGACUUCAAAAAUUAAGUCGUGUAUUAUUAUUUUUAUUUUUUUCUUUAAUUAUAAUAUUUCUUGCCUAGUUGUUAAUGUAAAGAAUCAGAAUGGAGGUAUUAUAAAAGAAAUAAUAAAUGCAAAUAUAACAGAUGAUACCAUUACAGUGGAAUUACAACUUCUUGAUUCAACAUUAAUUACACAACAUAUUGAUUUCACAAAGGAAGUACAAAUAGUACAAGUAUUAUUGCUUGGAGAAGAAGAGCGUGGUCAAAAACCUUAUCAAAUCCUUUGUUUUGUGAAUCAUAUACAUGCAAAUGAAUUUAUUUCACCAGAUGCAAUGGCAAAACUUAGACAAAAAAAUCCUGGUACAAUUCGAGUUGCUGAAGAGAAUAAAGGUGCCUUUAAUGUUACUAUAGAUAUGAAAAUUAAAUUAAAAGAUAGCUCUUAUAUUUCUCAACAUGUUGGCUCAUUAUGUUCUGAAGCUUCAGAUACCACUUUUACUAGUAAAAUUGAUAUUGACAAAUGGGCUUUAGUACCAGGUAUGUACUUAGGAAAUUUGUUACAAACUGUUGAAUAUAUUAAUUACAAAGCAUCAAAAUCCAAUUUGAAGUUAUGUCGAGAUACAGGAAAAGUCUGGUCACAAUGUUUAUGUACAAUGGAAGUAAGCAUUCCAUGGUAUCCUUGUGCUCUGAAAUUCUGUAAAGAUCAUAUAGGUAAAAAAUCAACAGUAGUUGAAAGUUAUCGAUGUGGCAUACAAACUUGUGCUAAAUCUAUGAAUUUUAUGUACAGUGUUAAACACAAACAACUUUGUUUGUCAAUUGAAUAAUAAAUAUCAUACUAUCUUUAAA